AUGCGGAGCUACAAGCGCCUCGAAGUGCACACCAAGUCCACGGACUUCCGCGCAGCCACGCGCCUUGUGGAGGAGCCGGAGCUGCCCAAGGCCAGCGCCAACUCGAUCGUGGUCAAGAACCAUUACGUGGGCAUCAACGCCACCGACGUGAACGUGACCAACGGCGCGUACACGGGCCCCCUCCCUCCUCCGUUCGGCUGCGGGUUGGACGCUGUGGGUGUCGUGCUAGACGUAGGGGAGGGGGUAACCGACGUCAAAGUGGGGGACGCAGUUGCUUACCGAAAGUUGGGCGCCUUUGCCGAGUACAACGAGGUGGACAUGGCAAUGGUCCAGAAGGUGCCGACCCCGACGCCCGACGUGCUGCCGCUGAUUGUGUGUGGCAGCUCCGCGUCCAUCGCGUUGGAGCAGGUCGGCGAGAUGAAGUCCAACGAGACUGUGCUGGUCACGGCCGCGGCCGGCGGCACUGGCCAGUUCGUGGUGCAACUGGCCAAGCUGGCGGGCAACCACGUGAUCGGCACCACGAGCUCGGACGCCAAGGCGGCUCACUUGAAGUCCAUCGGCUGCGACCGCGUAAUCAACUACAACACGGAGAAUGUGGACGAGGUGCUCAAGACGGAGUACCCGAAGGGAGUGGAUCUCGUGUUCGAGACGGUGGGCGGGGACCUGUUCCGCACUAUCGUGGACAACAUGGCUGUCAAGGGCCGGAUCAUUGCGUUUGGCCACAUUUCCGGCUAUCAUGGCGCCAAGGACACGUUCACGGCCAGCGACCUGGUGCCCAAGCUGAUCUUCAAGUCGGUGUCGCUGCACGGUUUCAUCUCGGGCCACUACCGCGACCAGUUCUACCCACACAUGCAGAAGCUGCUGAAGCUGAUCGACGAGAAGAAGCUUGUGCCGGGGGUUGACCCCGUCAAGUUCGAAGGACUGGAGAGCGUUGCCGACGCUAUUGACUACAUGUAUGCGCGCAAGAACAUGGGCAAGGUUGUCGUCAAGCUGGCGUGA